AUGUCUUAUAACCUUACAAAUGCAAAUGAAAAGUCUGAGGGCCAACGCAAGUCACCGUUAAAAUUGACGACGGUUAAAUUAGGAGAAAAGCACAAAACCAACAUUUACAAAGGAAGUCUGUCGGAAAACAAUUUUAAACAAAACAAAUCAGGAAAAAAUAAAAAUGUAAACAUUAAGCAAGUUAAAGGUGAUACUGGCGGAACUAUGGACAAUAAACUCAACGAACAAUUUGGCGAUAUAAAUUUGGAUGAUAAAAACAAUACCGAAACAGAUAAAGCAAAAGAAAUUAAGCCAGAAGACAGCCCCAGAAAAAAUUCAGUAGAAAGAAAAAAAACAAACUAUCACAAACUGACUUCUGCCAUAUCGGAACCAAGACCAGGUUUUUCUAACGCAAACAGUAUUAAAUGGGAUCCUUAUGAUAAACAAAGAAAAAACAGAAAGGAUUUUAAGAAAAAGAAACCUACCUUAAGAAAAUCAGAUGCCACUUGUGCACCUGUUGAAGGUAAUUUAGCUUUGGAAGAAUCAAAACAACCUGACGACACAGAAACUUAUACUUAUGUAGAUGAUGACCAAACGUACAAAUUCAAGUAUCUACCGAAAAACUCGAAAUCGGUCCUGUUUACCAAAGACGUGAUGGUCGUUUAUUUUAACGGGGAAAGCAUUCUAAAUCAAUCCAAAGAGCCAUUAAAAAAAGAAGUCGAGCAACAAAUUAGAAAUAAGGAGAUGCGGAAAACACAUUUGAUAAAAACGCAGGAAAAAUAUAAUUUGUGCCUUUUUUAAGAAACAACAUUAGCAUUUGUAAGGUGUAGCUAUUUAUACAAUUUAAUGUAUAUGUCUCUUGUAUACAACUGUCAUAUUUUUUAAUAUAUAUUUUCAACAAA